AAACGUUAUCACUGUCACUUGACAAAGUGAAUCUGUAGAGAACUGACAUCAGGAGACGAUAUUAUAAUAUUUUUAAAAAUGGAUUCAAGAUAUUUUGUGUUAAUAACUUGUUUACAACUAUUUUACAAGUGCGAAAAUGUAUUUGCUGAAAAUUGCAGUAGCUGUGUUUUGCUGCGGCAGUGCCCCGAAGCGUUGGAGACACUACAAAAGCUAGACCAUGAAACAAUAGAGUGGUUCAAGAAAAGUUAUUGUGGUAAUCAAUUAGUGGACAGCAAAAUAUUACCCAAAAUUUGCUGUUCAGACUUCAAUGUUAAUAUAGCUGCCAGAAUUGAAAGUGACAAAGAACCAGAAGAAGAAAACAUUGAAAGUCAUAUAAACUUUAACCUUUUACCGGAAACAUGCGGCAAUAUUGAUGGAAACCGUAUAAUAGGAGGUGAAGUGGCCAACCUCUAUGAGUUUCCGUGGAUGGCACUGAUCUCUUACACAAAAGAAGUAUUUGGGGGAAAGAAAAAUCUUCAAUUUCAAUGUAGUGGAAGUAUUAUUCAUCCUAGAUACAUUUUGACUGCUGCACACUGCGUUAAAAAUAAGGAAAUAGCAGGAAUUCGCGUUGGUGAUUAUAAUGUCAACACAAAAGAAGAUUGUCAAGGCGAAGAGCCAUUUUAUUUUUGCGAACAUUAUAUUCAGGACGUCGGUGUGAAAGAAAUUAUUGUUCAUGAAAACUACAGCACUUUUCCAUACGCUCAAAAUGACAUCGCGCUGCUUCGUGUAAAGAAAGCAAUUAAUGUUUCCCGAAAAAACAUCAAACCGAUUUGUCUGCCGAUAUAUGAUGAACUAAGAAACAAGGAUAUUGCUGGUAUGAGAGCAAGCGUAGCUGGCUGGGGAGUUACGGAACUCAAUUUAGUGCCUGAAACUCUUCGGAAAGUUGAUAUAGAGAUCAAGAAUGAUAGUAAAUGCAGAGAAUAUUACGACAAAAGCUACACGAGAAGUUUAGAUGUAAUGGACAAGAAAUUUUGCGCUGGUGACGAAGGUAAGGAUUCUUGCAGAGGGGACUCUGGAAGCCCUCUAAUGAUAGAAAAUAAAUACAAGGGCAAGGACCGAAUGAUUCAAUUCGGGAUCGUAUCCUAUGGUCCACAACAGUGCGGAUCCACAACUCCUGGAGUAUAUACUGACGUCAGAAAAUACAUCAAGUGGAUAUUAGACAAUAUAAGAGAGUGAAGUUUUACGGCUAUGUAUGAGGCCAACGUCCAGCAGUGGACUGCAAUAGGCUGAAAUGAUGAUGAUGAUGAUGAUAUUAUAUUGAUUUAUAGAAGCUUAAUACACUUUAUAUUUGUGCAACUGAUUUAAUAAUAAAUAAAACACAACCAACAGUUUA